AUGUCCACGAGCAACGUCGUCGUACCAGAACUCGAGUUCACACGGUUAAACCCGUUGGUAUCACUUUACACUCCACCAGAUGCGCCGGCGAGCUAUAGCAAUAAUGAUCCCACGACCAUCAUCUUCUUCCAGUGGAUGGGAGUAGGUCCGAAAUCCCGUUAUCUCAAAUCAUUCUACAGCCAUUACCACACUCUCUAUCCCAGCGCCCGCAUCAUAGCAGUGCAGUCGCUCAUUGAGUUCUUCAUCUACACGAGCAACGAGACGCGCCACAAUCUCGUCAAACCCGUCGUUGCAGCCAUCAACAGCGACCCGGCUCCAGAAAAGAAGAUCCUCGUUCAUCUCGUCAGCAACGGCGGUGCAGUUGGUUUCACGGAUGUCUGUCGCCUAUACAAGGAAGAAACAGGCAAUGUCCUCCCCGUCAAGGCUAUCAUCCUAGACUCUGCCCCAGGCGAGUCUAGUCUCGUGACAGGAUUCCAUGGUUUUGCCACCGCUCUUCCGAAAGGUCUUCUCUGGUAUCCUGGAGCGGCUUUGAUGGCCAUGUGGCUGGGGCCGUGGGCUGUUUUCCGUGCCAUUUUCGGACAACAACAUAUGCUAGACAAGGCGAGGAUGUAUUUGAAUGACUGGACCGUGGUUGACAAAAAUGCAUGCAGGCUGUAUGUAUAUAGUGCAGUAGAUAAGCUCGUGUUACCGGGCCCGAUAGAGGAGCAUGCGAGGGAAGCUGAGGCUCAGGGCGUGAAUGCACAGCUCUUGAAAGAGAGCGACAUGCCUCACAUCCAGUCUAUGAUGCGUGAUACGGAGAGAUAUUGGAAAUAUGUAGUUGAACUGUGGUCUACUCGGGCGGAUAUUUAG